AUGGAAGGUUUGCUGAGUCGUUCUUCAAAAAAAAUGUUUCGAAGAAUUCAAACCAAGAACAUAAUAAAUCCAAAUUUGCUUAAUUUGCGGCCUCAUCGAAGUAUAAGUUACAGCGUAAUUAGCAAAUCAAUAAAUUCUAACAUAGAAAAUAGUGAUCAAAAGGAGACUAUCCCACCAAAUCUAAUUCCUUCAGAGAUUCUUCGUGCGUCACUUCCAUUUGUUCCAAGAUACGGAUGGUCAGUUGAAUCGUUAUCACACGGAGCAAACUCACUUGGGUAUCCUUCAGUUUCUCAUGGAUUAUUUCCUCGAGGUGGAAUUGAAUUAAUUGAGUGGUUUUUAGAGGAUAGUCGUAGGAAGAUGGUUAAUGAAUUAAUUGAUAAAAUGGACGGAUUAAAAAUUCAUCAGAAGAUUCGAUUAGCAUGCGUAACUCGACUCAAUUAUACUAAACCAUAUGCAAAAAAAUGGUCAGAGGCGCUUGCAAUGAUGGCACAACCUAAUAAUGCCCAAAUAUCAGUUGAACAUCUUGCAAAGUUAGUGGAUGAUAUGUGGUAUUUGGCUGGUGACAAGAGCGCAGAUAUGAACUGGUAUACUAAAAGAGGAAGUCUUGCAGUUAUUUAUUCUUCUACAGAAUUAUAUAUGACACAAGACACAUCUCCAGAUUAUGCCGGUACAUUUCAAUUUUUAGACCGAAGAUUACAAGAUAUUGCAACUUUUGGACGAGUUGUUGGAGAGGUUGACACUUUUAUCGGGUUUGUUACAAAAAGUUUAGUUGGAGUCCUUACUUCG